GAAGUGGCGGUAAUGGAAAUAAAAAUACAAACAUAUUUUAAUAUAAAUUUUUACAGUCUGUAAUUCUGACAAAUGCCUUCUAUUAAAAUUGAUCAUGUUGUUAGUUUUAGCAGCGAAGAUCCUGUUCAUAAUGCUAGUAAUAUUUUGUCAACAGAUACUUCUAAGAAGUGGAAAUGCCAAACACCUGGAGAGAAACAAGCAAUUGUUGUUUUACAACUUGAAAAAGCUAGUCAAAUAACAGCUAUAGAUAUAGGAAAUGAACACUCUGCUUAUGUUGAGGUUCUUGUUUCUCGCUCUGGAAACAAUGAUGAUUUUAAGGUCCUUCUGGUUACUUCAGCCUUCAUGAGCCCUUUAGAGUCCAGACAAAGUCAAAAUAUCAAUAAAGUCAGAAUGUUUACCAAAGACCAAUUAUCCAAACCUGAAUGUGAUGAAAAAUGGGAUAGAGUGAAAAUUGUAUGUACUCAACCUUUUAAUAGACAUGUUCAAUUUGGACUUUCUUUUGUAACAUUACAUUCAAACAUAAGUAAGGAAAGUGAAACAAAUAGUCAGUCAUCUAUAGGAAAAUUUACCAUCAGACCUGAAUCACCUGACAACCUAUCCAUUGGUGCAUUAUUUGCCAAAAGAAAAGAACUAAAACAGGAUGAAAAACCAACAGCGGCAGCUGCCAUACGGGAUGCUUCAUCAUCUUCAUCUUUAGCUAUGUAUGGUUCUCCAACAUGUAAACCUAAAUUGAAAAAUAAAGAUCCAGACUCUACAACGAAGAAAAAAGCCCCUCAACAUGACGCAGACUUGUCUAAACCGAAAAACAGAAACAGAGACGCACUUUUUUAUACAAGUGACGAUGAAGAAAAUACUGAUAAAAUAGACAAGAUUAUGAAGAAAAAGGAGGAAGAAGAUUUGAAACGAAAAGAAAAAGAGGAGAAUGAGAAAAACGAUAAGAAACGUAAAAAUUUUUGGGGUUUAUCAGAUGAUGAUGAUAAAAAGAAAAAGAACGAUUCAUCAAAUGAUGAUAAUAAAAAGAAAAAGAAUGACUAUUCGGAAGAAAGUAAGAAGAAGAGAGAUAAAUCGCCAAAUGGUACCCAAAAAGAAAUCUCAAAAUGGAUAAAACUACGAUAGACACUCCAAGACCUACAAAAAUCAAAGAUGAUGACAUGAAGAACGAUAAAAUAAAAAAGGACAACAAUGAAAACAGAGAGACUAAAAGAAAAACUAAUGAUAAUUUAGGGGAAUCUUCCAAACCGAAAAAAGCUAAAUUAACUAAACCCUUUCAUGAAUUAUUAUCGGGAGUCACAUUGGUUAUUAGUGGAAUUCAGAAUCCAGAUCGUGGUAUUCUUAGAACUAUGGCGCUUUCUAUGGGGGCUAAGUACAAACCUGAUUGGGAUUCAACUUGUACACACUUGAUAUGUGCCUUUCCCAACACUCCCAAGUUUAACCAAGUUAAAGGUAAAGGAAAAAUUGUCAAAAAAUCGUGGUUAGAAACAUGUCAUUCACAAAGAAAAAGACUACCUUGGAGACGAUUUGCUCUGGAUAAAGCUGAUCUCAAUAAAGACGAAAGUGAAGAUGAAAUUUAUGAAUUAGUUGAUCUUCCAUCAACCUCAAAUAACGCAAUUGCCAUACAGAACAAUUCUAGGAUAUCUGAUGAUGAUGAUUGCAAAGCCGAAGGAUCAGACACUGAAGAGAGAAUAGCCAAAAUUCUAGCAAAGAAAAAGGAAGAUAAACAAAAGAAAGAAAUUAAAAAUCCCACGAAGAAGAGAGAUGAAAGCCCAUUUAAAAAGAAAGCCGAAACUUCGCCGAAAACCAGGGUAGACACUCCUCCCAAACCUAAAAAGGACGAACCAGCACCAUUACAAAUUUCUACAGAUGAUGACUUAACAGAUGAAGAAUCUUUAAAUGGUCCAAUAAAUUCCAAAAACGAAAAAACUAACACAGGAAGUCCCAAAACAAAACAAGCAAGAAAUAAUCAGGUAGAGACAUCACCAAAAAGAGAAAUGAGGAAAACUGGUGAUGAUGACGACGACGAUGAAACAGAUGAAGAAUCAUUAAACGUUCCAAACAAAUAUAACAAGGAAAACAUUUCUAACGGUAGUACGAGGGUACAAACACCACUUGCAAAAAAAACUUCACCUAAACUAAAAAAAGAAGUAGUUAUGGACGUUUCCGACGACGAUGAAACUGACGAAGAAUCAUUAAACAUUCCGACGAACUCUAAAAACAGUAUGGACCGUGUAGACAACUCAAAACGAUUAAGUAAUUCUCAGACAAAUGCAUAUACAGUAGAUACAGACGAGGAGGUCGAAUUUUUAAGUAAUUUUCAAAAUGAAAGAACGAUGGACAUUUUCCAUGAUGAAAACUUUUAUGUGGACGAAAGUUUUGACCCAAAUACAUACAGAAAAUUGACUAAAUAUAUUAAAGCCUAUCAUGGGAAUUGUACCGAUGAUAUAACAAGUAACGUUGACAUAAUAAUAACAACUAAGGAAAAUAGUAAGACGUUAAAGGAAGUCAACAAACAAGCGAAAUGUUUAGAUCAGGAAUGGAUUUUACAAACGCACAAUAAACAUAAAUGGAUACCGCUAAAUAAUUACUUAUUUUAAUUAUUAAUUGGAUCAAAGUUUUUGUAAUUGUUUAAUAAACAAUAUCUGUACUUUUUGU